AUUUGUCUAGUUUUUUUAAUAAUAAUAUUAUAUUAUCGAUAAUAUAAUCGCUAUUAUUGAUAAUAUAAUCGCUUAAUCUCGUUAAAGCACAGAUCUUUCUCGAUGGAACUACAACCCGGAAGUGAGAGUUAAAAAAAGGUUGAUUUUAGACAAGAGAACUACUUUACUAAGGCUCAGGCACACGCACUCUCACCUCAGCAAGCAUGCGCUUGGUCCAGUUCUUUCGACACGGCGAUGUGGGAAGCGUGAGGGUCGGUGUGGAGAGAGAGAACGGCUCCGUCGUCGACCUGAAGGCUUUCGAUCAGUCCGUACCUUCCACCAUGAGAGAGUUCUUAGAACUGGGAGAGAAGGGCAUGGAGUGCGCUCAGAGAGCCGUGUCCAGCGGUGAGUGUGUUCUCCCUCGCUCCGAUAUCCAGCUCCUGUCUCCGAUCACCGGUCCGGACAAGGUGGUGUGUGUGGGUAUGAACUACAGAGACCACUGUCUGGAGCAGAACGCCCCCAUCCCCACCGAGCCCAUCGUCUUCAGCAAGUUCCCCUCCGCCAUCACGGGUCCCUAUGACGACAUCCAGCUUCCGAGCGAGAGCCAGGAGGUGGACUGGGAGGUGGAGCUGGCUUUUGUGAUUGGAAAAAAAGGAAAGCACAUAAAGGAGGAGGACGCUUUCGGUCACGUCGCCGGCUUCACCGUAGCCAACGACGUCAGCGCCCGCGACUGGCAGAUGAAGAGGAACGGCAAGCAAUGGCUUCUGGGAAAAACGUUCGACACGUUCUGUCCGCUCGGGCCUGCCCUCGUUACCACGGCAGCGCUGAAGGACGUCCACAAUCUGGGGAUCCGCUGCCUGGUUAACGGAGACGUGGUUCAGGAGAGUAACACCGAUCAGCUGAUCUUCAAGACCGAGAAGCUGGUUGCGUGGGUCUCACAGUUCGUGACGCUGUACCCAGGCGACGUGUUUCUGACGGGCACGCCUCCAGGAGUGGGCGUGUUCAGAAAGCCACCUGUCUUCCUGAAGAAAGGAGACGUGGUGGAGUGUCAGAUCGAGGAGAUCGGAUCCAUCCGAAACACCGUGGUGUGACUCCGGCGCCGGUCGACUGACUUGACUGAUCUGGGAUGAAGAAAGUUAAUGAGUCACAUUUUCACUGAUGCAAUGUAGAGAUCUCUGAAAUCCUACUCUGAGGCACGUGCACUGGAAAUGGCCAGGAGAUGGCGCUCUUACUGAUUAUGGUUAGGAAUAAGCACUGCUGUAUUAUUAGUGGGUUUGGUUUUAUUUUGUUUUUCCAAUCAAGGCUUGAUUUUCUUUCUUUUUUUUUUUUUUCUGUUUUUAAAAUGAUAAGUUUUGUGUUCUGGUUUGUUGUUCUUGAAAUGCAAAACAAUGGAGAUUAUAACAAGAAGAAGGAAGAGGAACCUUCAUUCCUGUAUUUUACCUGCAUAACGUCUGUAUUUCUUUCUACGUUUUUUGCAAAGUGCCUUUAAAAUUCAGCUCCUGUAAAACGUAACACGAGAACAACCAGAAACUAAUUACAAUAUUACUUAUAACAUCAGAGCGCUGACCGAGCUUGCAGUACAUCAUUGGGAGGGCAGGACGACGCUCAGGAACUGCUCCGUCGGUGCAUCGAUCGGAGUUUACGCACUGAGAGAAGCGUAAACGUUCCGAGCAGGUGAUCUAUCGUGAUCGUGAAACUGCAGCGCCGUCUGCAUUUCAUGCUGAAUUUCCUUCUUUAAAAAGUGCUGCAGUUUUUUUUCCCCUCCCUGCCUGUUUUAGUAUUCACCUCGUUCCUUCUCCUCUGUUCAUCUGCAAAUCUCUCUCACCGUUAUGGAGGACCUUGUGCUGUUCACCCGUGUGUGUGUGUGUGUGUGUGGAGAUCUUACUCAGCACCUAGUGCACUACAGCAAUCAGCCAGUCUGCCAGCAUCUCUCUCACCAAGCUGCAUCUGAAAGGAGCCACUUUAUGUGUAAGUGGUGAAAGAGUGGGGUUAUAGGAUUACUGCGGUGUCCGGAGAGCGCUGGAGGCAUCACCGGGGGAUAAUCAGGAGCUGAUCAGAGGUUCACUGGUUCAUGAGCUCUGUCGCUCAUCAUUAACAUCAUCAUCAUCGUGUCAAAGAGUGAGAUCCAGAGGAGCAGAACAAAAUUCUCUGUAUUCGUUUUUCUCAACAAUUUUCAAACAGAAAUGCGAAAAAUAAACUUCGACUAACAAACAGA